AUGACUAAAGUCCUUAUGGAUGGCGGCAGCAGUUUGAACAUUUUGUACGCUGAGACCCUCCAAGGGAUGGGCAUUCCAAUGUCCAAACUCAGUGAGAGUAACAUGCAGUUCCACAGCGUCAUCCCCGGAAAGAAGGCAAAGUCACUCGGACAGAUUGCUCUUGAUGUGGUUUUUGGUGAUUCCAAGAAUUACCGCAAGGAGAAGUUGACGUUUGAGUUGAAGAUGCCUGGGCCCAGAGGUGUGAUCACAGUCACAGGGAGCUGGCAAAGGGUAGAAGAGUGCCUCCAGAAGGGCUCAAAGAUUGCCAACGAGCAGAUGGCAGCAGUAGAGAUGGAAGAAUACAAGAAGAAUGCAGAUCCGGGUGAUUUGCUGCGAGCUAAGAAGCCUGCUUCAGAAUCCGCAUUUCAGUCGGCCGAAGGGACAAAGCCGGUCCACAUUCACCCAGAAGACCCCAAUGCUGCUCUGACUCACAUCUCAACAACACUCGACAGCAAAUAG